AUGUCCAAAGGGCCUUUCAUUCUCUGGCUGGUGAUUGAGUUUGGGCGACUUUAUCUGACAGCAGCCACAUCAGAAAUUGUUGUGACAGCAUUUUUGGGUCAGUCAGUAACAUUGCCCUGUUUCUACUCAUCCUGGUCUACAAGCCGGAACAGCAUGUGCUGGGGCAAAGGCCGGUGCCCCAAGUCCAAGUGCACUGAUGAGCUUCUGCACACUGAUGGAAUGACAGUACUUUCAAGAAAGUCAACAAAGUAUGGACUUCAAGGGAAUAUUCAGAGCGGUGAUGUUUCUUUGACCAUCUUAAACACCAAUGAAGGUGAUAGCAAUGUGUACUGCUGCCGCAUAGAGGUACCUGGCUGGUUCAAUGACGUGAAGAAGAACAUUCACCUGCAGCUGAGUAGAGCCCCACCAACCACACGUACAACAACAACCACACGUACAACAACCACCACACGUACAACAAGUCUUCGCCCAACAACAAUCCCUCACCUAACUACCACCACUGAGAUGACAACAACUACAGCUGCAUUUCCAACAGUCGUAACUACAGCUGACCUCACAACCGGAACUCCACUUCAGACAAGGAUCACUGCUAUUCUCACAACAACCACAACCACCUGCUCUCAGACAACACCAAGCUCCCUUCCAGAGGCAGUCACAGAUCUCCUGACCACUAAGCCUGCCACAGAAGUUUCCAUCCUCACUGCAGAAUCUGAGACAGCAACUCUUGCACAGAAUGAAGUUGAAUCAGAACAGAUAAAACUGUCUGACAACUCUGACCUGCUGAUGAUCAUUGCUCCCUGUGUGGGCUUCGUGGUGUUAGUGCUGCUCCUGGGGUUUCUUCUACGAGGGAAAGUCACGAAAACCAACUGUUUACAGAAACAUACAAGGCUGGACAGUGUUGAAGAAAGUAAAAAUGUCAUCAAUGACAUACAACUUGACAGGGAAGAUGAAGAGGGCAUGUUCACACUCUAA